GAGUUUAGUACAGCGCUCAGACAGAGUAUCGGGCGCGCGGCUUUGCAGCCGACGACCUUAUCUUUAUAUUCUUCGUUUAUUUUCUUUUCUAUUCGUUUAAUUUGUCGCACGGACCAAACUACGUUCCGGGAACGAAAUGGAUUGUCUUCUAGUGAUUUACAAGUGUUCCAGUGUUUACCGGCGAGUUUAGUUUUGACAGAAUCACGUGUGGAACCGAAUUGUUGCCGGUUCCGGAGUUUUCAAAGUGUUUAUAUACGCUGGCGACCUUCAAUUACCACAGGUAGAGCUGACGGAUCGUCAAAAACGUGCUCAGUGUCAAGUUUAAAGAAUUUUUUAUACUGUGAAUUGUUUUGAAUUGUCGUGUGAACAAUUCUCCCAGUGCCUAUCGUGUGGUCGAUGCCUUACGUCCGCGGCAGGAGACGGCUCGGUUCGCUCCAAUAGGAUUCCGCUUGGAGACCAGUGAUCAUCGCGUGUGCUAGUGAAUUAAUAACAAAGGUGCUCACAACUUAAACAUAACCUUUUUGAACCGGCGCGUGUUUUUAGGACAUGCGCAGUAAAGGUCACGGAAUUAUUAAUAAGUUACAUAUAAUUUAACAAAUAAACAGUGUGCCGGUGUGGAUAUAGUUGAAGUGUUGUGGUUGGUUGCUAAUAGGAAAAGCACGAGCCCCCUCAAACCUCUUUGGAUUUCUGCUUGAAUGCUUGUUGACAGUUUUUGGAUUUGAAUCCAGGAUAACGUUCACCUGUGAGAUUCAACAAAUUUACCUGCGCGCGCACGAAGUUUCUUUACAAAGGUAAUUCAGAAACGAAAAAAAGCGUAAUUUCAAUUCACCAAGAAACUCAAAAUGCUGGUUGGCGCAACUAUGAUGUCCUGUCCUCUACCUCUGCCGCUGCUUCCAGCCCUGCACCCUCAGCCAGCUCUAGCGUCAGACUUCCCUAUACACAUUGGAAUAAAGGUGAGUCCGACUUCACUACUAGACUGCAACAACGGUCGCUGCAUUGCGUCCGAAACGAGGGGCUCAGACGAGCUUCUGUCGCAGAGCGGCGUGACCGUGAUGGCUCCGGCCGCCCCGCACCACGCCGACAACAACAACCAGGACUCCGCCGCCAAAAAGGUGAAACUAGAACAGAAUGUGGGCAAGCCGUCGCGCGUCAUCCACAUCCGGAACAUCCCCAACGAGACCACCGAGGCGGAGAUCAUCCAGCUGGGCCUGCCCUUCGGCCGCGUCACCAACGUGCUCGUGCUCAAGGGAAAGAAUCAGUUCUGCAUGCAGGCGUUCCUGGAGAUGGCGGAGGAGAUCUCGGCGGUGGCGAUGGUGGCGUACUUCGGCGGCUGCGUGGCGCAGCUGCGCGGCCGCGCCGUCUACGUGCAGUUCUCCAACCACAAGGAGCUCAAGACCGACCAGACACAUAGCAAUGCUUUUGCUCCUUGUCCGCAGUCGGCGUCAGCGCAGGCGGCGCUGCAGGCGGCCCAGGCCAUCUCCAACAGCGCGGGCGCAGCCCUAGUGGCGGGCGCGGGCGCCGCGCUGCAGCCGGCCAAUGGCGGCACCGAGAUACAGGUAGAGGGUGGUCCAAACACAGUCCUGCGGGUGAUCAUUGAACACAUGCUGUACCCCAUCGUGCUAGACGUCCUCUACUCAAUCUUCCAGCGAUACGGGAAAGUUCUCAAGAUCGUCACAUUUACCAAAAAUAAUUCAUUCCAAGCCCUCAUCCAGUAUCCAGACACAGUAUCAGCGCAAACGGCGAAAACGGCGCUGGACGGCCAAAACAUCUACAACGGCUGCUGCACGCUCCGCAUCGACUACUCCAAGAUGACUUGCCUCAACGUGAAGUACAACAACGACAAGUCGCGCGACUACACCAACCCCACCCUGCCGUCCGGCGACGGCGACGCCCACCAGCUGUUGACGAGCGGUGGCGUUCUUGCUCCACCUUUCCUAGGGCUAGGCUCUGGGCUGGCGUCGCCUUACGGGGUGGGAGUCGGCGGAGUUGGUCUGCCGGCCUUCGGAGCCUUGACGCUGACGCCGGCGUCCCCCGCCCUGCGCGCCCUCGCCGCGCCCCCGCUGCCGCUCGCCACCGUCCUCCUAGUCUCCAACCUCAACGAGGAGAUGGUCACGCCUGACGCUCUCUUUACCCUUUUUGGCGUAUACGGUGAUGUGCAACGGGUGAAGAUCCUGUACAACAAGAAGGACUCUGCCCUCAUCCAAAUGGCUGAACCGCAUCAAGCUCAUCUAGCGAUGACCCACAUGGACAAGCUUCGCGUGUUCGGCAAGGCGAUGCGCGUGAUGCUGAGCAAGCACCAAACUGUGCAGCUGCCCAAGGAAGGUCAGCCCGACGCUGGACUCACCAGGGAUUACUCUCAGAGCCCGCUGCAUAGAUUCAAGAAACCCGGCAGCAAAAACUACCAGAACAUCUACCCGCCCAGCGCCACUCUUCAUUUAUCCAACAUUCCAGCUACCGUGUCCGAGGAAGACAUCAAAGAAGCGUUCACUAAGCGGGGAUUCACCAUUAAGGCUUUCAAGUUUUUCCCGAAAGACCGCAAGAUGGCGCUGGUGCAGCUGCCAUCUAUCGACGACGCGGUGGCGGCCCUCAUCAAGAUGCACAACUACCAGCUCUCGGAGUCCAACCACUUAAGAGUGUCUUUCUCCAAGUCGAGCAUCUAAACCCCGCCCAGCCCACGACUCUACUCGGAAUAUCACACAAGCACUGGUGGCCGGUAUUCUUCACACGUUUGGCGAGUUCAUUUUCCCGCGGCCCGGUGCUGUACUGUAUACGGGUGAUAGACCAUGACGUCACACCGUACCUCUCACAAAUUCGAGAAUUUACUCGACUGAAAAUUAAAAUAUCUGUAUUACGCUUAAUCGGAUCACUAUUAACACUAUACCUAGGUAUUAAGUGCUAUUCUAUUUUCUUAAUAAAUACGUACACUUUACUGCUACUGUAAAUGUAAAUUGUACAUCAUAAUCUUGUAAGGUAUUAUCAUCGUCACUUUUAACUUUACGAAUCACCUUUUGUAGUAUGUAUUUAUUAGUAACCUUGGUAUGUAUUGUGUAAACCAAGUAUUUCUUCUGAGAGGUUUUCUAUAUUGUGUGAUAUUCAUUCCAUGAUACCUACGGUCGAAUCUGCUUUUCAUUCAUUUUCUUAUGGUAUAUUUAUAAGUAUAACCAGUGCUUAUAUUUUAUUUUUGUAACUUGAAUUUAUCGAAAUCCUUUUAUUUUCCAGCAAUUAGAUUGCGCUAGUUUAAUUUGAAAUUAGCAAUUUCAUCAAUGUUAAACAUUGUUAGCAAUUAUUAUAUCCUGACAUUAUUAUCCACUCAAUAAUUUUAUCCAUAGUUACAAACGCAUUGUUUGAAAUAUUUUCUUAUGAUAUAUAAUUUUCAGUUAUCAUCCAUAAGUUAUAUUUUAUAGUUAAGUAUAUUUUAUUCUCUAUAUUUUAAUAUGGCACAAUUAUCAUUAUUACUUAUCGCAUUUUAUAGUAUUUUAAUUUUAUACGCAUACACAUUUUUCUUGUUUGUCAUUGCUUGAAUAUUAUCGUUAGAAAUGUGUAUGUGUGUGCAAUAUUAGUUUGAUAGGCGAUUUAAUAUAUUUUAGGUUAAACUGUUUUGUCUACUACAGUAUGGUUAUGCUUCCAAAUUGUUUUAUUGUUGAGCCCAGUUCUUGUUUGAAUCAAUCACUGUAAUUCGAUCAUUAGUUAGUGUAAUCAUAUCUCUUAUUGCUAAGCAUCUAGAUAAUAUAACUACCAGAUAUAGAAACUUUGUGUUCGUGCGACAUAACAGUGACAUGAUGCAUUUAUUUCGAUGUUUAAUUUAUGAUAAUGGUAGCUACGUACUGCGUAAACAUUUAAUAUUAUAAAUGCUCGUGCAUUCAUUUCAAUAAGCAAAUUUAAUUGUAGAUUAUUUAUUUUCUAUGGUUGGGGACGACUUGUUUACUGAACAGUGUGAACAGUAUCGAAAUGACGUAUUUUUUAGAAUAAUUUUCAGUAAGUAUAUUAAAGAUAUUGUCACACUGUUGCCUACGAUGCCGGCGGUCUAUGCAGUAUUCGUGAGAUCUGAUUUCAUUCUAUCGUAUUUAAUCAACAGUAUUUACUAGGGUCACAACUUUGUUGUUAAACAGUAUUUUAGUUAAAUAACUCCACUUCAUAUUCUACGUACGUGUAAAUGUAAAUACAAACGUUUCCGUGGUCUAAUCUUAAUGCUUCUCAGAACUGAACUGAGCUUCCCGUCGUUUUCAUACAUCUUUGCCUUCCUUAAUUAAUUUAAAAUGCGUCUAGUCCAAUGCAAAAGAGAUUAAGAUUGUGAAUUAAGUAAUUUUAUUUUAUAAAAAUUAACUCUUAACAAUCAUCAUUUGAACUGUUGGUAGAAGCAUGUUUAAAAGCGGGCUUGAGGCCGAGGAUUGACAUAAUGCCCUAAUGUUAGGACCAUUGUUAAGUGUUCAGUUACACGUCCAAUUAUGUGAUUAGGCAACGCAAGCGUGAAAAUGUCAAAUAAAUAAGUUAGGGAACUUUGUGGUAUGAUUCAAAAUAUUUUUGAAGGCAUAGUAGGCUACAAAGCGAAGAUUAGUGAAAACAGGAGACGCGUAUUCGAAUAAAUCAUAUGAAAUCAAAUGUCCGAUAAUUAUUAUUUUCAAAAGUUUGCUUUAUUGGUUAUAACUGUUUGAAUAUAUUAAAUUUAUGUCCGUUUGGUAGGUAAGGCAAAGCUACUGUUGUUUUGAGUCACGAGUGACUCUAUGCAUUAAUACUGACCGCCAUCAAUAACGUCUAUAAUGUAAUCAAUAUAACCAUUACCGAAACGUAUCCCAUUCCGAUAUACACAUCACGGCAAUUCAAGUUUUUAUUUUAGAUGCAUCAUGCGUUCAGUUGAAUAGAAACAUAUUUACACUAAAGUAUUAUAAAAUUUAUCUUAUACAUCACGUACGUUAAAAUAAGAAAUAAAAAAUAGAGCUUAGUAAGAAGAUAAUCAGAAAAAAAAUUAGUUCGUCAUGAAGAUGUAAGUUAGAGAAAAAUUUAAUAAUACAAAACCGUGUAUUACUUAACCCGUACGUACGGCUAAGAUGUAAAAGUAGUAAUUUGGUUUAGAUAACGUUAGGUGACCAGGGUGUGGUGAUAUUUUGCACGUUUUUGAAAAAUGUUUUUCUAUAGGGUGCAGGCUGCCUGCUGCACCCGCGUUUUGAAAUGAGGAAAUGAGAUGAGAGGGUGGCGGUGGUCGAGCGCGGAACGGUUGUCGCAUUUGUCUAUGUGAUUAAACUUAUUAUUAAACCGGUAUCACAAAAAGGAGAUUACAUAUCCACUAUACAUAUUUGGUGUGGAACGCUACACACAUGCCCGAGUUUCCCUUCAGUUGUUGCUCUCGCGGCGGAGGCACGUGGACGCUUACCUACCGCUCAAUUUGUAGUCAUAAUGAUACUAAUGUGUGUAGCGUUUUCUGGCCUAAAGUUUCUCUGCAACAUUAUAUCGAUUAAUAGAUAAUUAUAUGUAUUUUUGUGUUUAGAGAAGUAUUUUAAAUAUUUAGGUAAUAAUGGUAAUUAUUAUUAAAAAUAAGAAAUUAGAUCAGUGUUUAGAACGAGAUGCCAAAUUUAAAGUCAAUAUACAUUAAGUGAAACGUAAUUGAAAGUAAUCUUAACAAUAUAUUGAAAAGUUGAUGAAAAAUGUUACAGUUAAAUUAUAUUUGAGAGUUUUAUUGAGCGCAAUGCAAUUUUAUUCAUUGUAAGUGAAGUUCAAUUUGUUAGUUAAAGUUAUGCGUUUAAAAAGCAUCAAUUGUUUUUGAAUGUUUUCAUUAAAUCAAUGACAUCCUAGUUUAGGAUAAAUUACUGUUCACAACUUGUUGUUAGUUUCAUUGUUUCUAAAUUAAAUAUUCUUGAAUUUAAUCAAAUGAUUACAUAUCUAAGCAUAUCAUUCUGGUAAUAUUAUUUUCGCGCUUUUUUCAUAUUAGAAUGCAAACUACCUAGUUAGUUUCUCUUGAUGAAUAAAGGCCAACAUAUCAAUACGUCAUAGAAUUUGGCUAAGGCGCAUAUUAUAACUACCUACCUAGCUAACUCAAAAUGUCUUUGUCACUUCGUUAUACACCCGUAUAAUAUUAUAAUUUUAUUAAUAGAUUACUUACUACUUUACUUUAUUCUUACGUUUAAAAUGGCAACUAUUAUUUUCAUACUUAUUUUAGGUAAUCUUUUUUCUUUAAUUUCUUAUUUAAUCUUAAGCUUUUGGUGUGUUUAAUUUCAUUCUUAUUUUUAAUUUCAUGAUUAAAAUAAUAUUAUUAUAUUGAUAAGUAUUUUUUUUAUUUGCCUCUUUCCUUUUUCCUACCUUGAUCGUUUCUUAAUACCAAUUGUAUGAAUGCUAUGAAUAUAUUGUGGUAAACGGUGAUGCUGCAGUGCGUCUAGAAUAACGGAACCUCCCAUUAUUAUUUUGAAACCCGAUUAUGUCUACCUAAUUAAUCAUAAUCUACUAUGUAUGUCGAAUAAUUUAUUUAUCACAAACGCACACUUCUUAUCAUACUGAAAUUUCUUAGAUUCGAGUUUGAUGAUGUUAAGGUACUUGUAAAUAAACUUAUAAAUUUUAAUGGGAUCAAUAUAAUGAGAAGAUUGUACGAUUGUACGCAAUUGGUACUCUUUAGUCAUACUUAGAUCUAACUACUUAUACUUAACUAAAUUAUUAUCCUACCACUACUACCCCAUUCAUAUCCUAUGCUAUGCUUUUCUGUGCUAACAUGUAUAAAGAGUCAUUCCGAACCACGAACGCUGUGGUCCGGACCUCGCGACGUCUUCGUUUUAGACAACUGUUGAACGUUUUUAAUGCAAAGGAGUGAGGGACUCAAAAUAUUGCGAAUGAUAUGUUUUAAAUGAUUAUCAGAUGGAAUAUGUAUCGCACAGGGUAUAAUGAAAAUAAAUGUAUCACUGCGUCCGGGCAUCGCUCAUAUCCGGGCCAGUAAAUAUAUGUCCGUGCCACGUCCCUUGUUCCUCCAUCAAAAAGAACUGAAAUAUUAUUUUUUAUUAGCGAAAAUGGUAUUAUUACUUAUAAAAUUGUUGAAAAGCUUAGGACAAGAAAUAAUUGUCGGUCUACCGUGAUGGUAGAUAGAGAGACAAUCAGAAAAUGCGAAAAACGGGGAUGCUAAUAACUGUUACUUUAAUAGGGCAUACCUACAAUCACUUUGGAUUUUUAAUUUAAUUUCAUCUUCUGAUAUAAGUAGUUAUUUUCUUAUUACUAUGAAAAUUACUUACCUAUGAUUGAAUAUAUACAUAUAACUUAAUGGCCUACAUUAUAUACCUAGUUAGGUAUAUUACAUCUUAUCAAUUAUACGAGGUAUGAAAAGGUUGCCCUAUUUGAAUUGACAGUUAUGGUAAUUUAAACUUCGUAUGUAAAUAUACACAAUUCCAUAUGUUAAUAGUUAAAUUUAUAGGCCCUAUAUAGUAAAAUUAACAUAAUCAUUAGUAACAUACUUAUUUCAGUAGGCGCUCUAGUGAAUAAAAAUAGAGAAUCUUCUAGAAAGUAUCGAUUUAAAUGAUUUUUGAUCAAUAAAUUAUUUUUUUUCGAUUAUUUGGACCUUUAUUUAAUAAAGUAAAAUAAAGGUGUGCAAAUUAAAGGGUUGUGUGUAAAGUUAAAAUAAUUAAAUAGAUUUAGUCAGUGGUUCUGAAUAAAUUACCUACCUACCCAUUCCCAGGCACAUCUGUUUUGUUGACUGUCUUCAUACAUCUAACACAAUUUUAACGUCUACAAUCUACAUUUUAAUCUUUAAUAUGCCAAAGACCAAUCAUUGGGACAAAAUGACAGGGAUCUAUCGAUAAUUUAUUUUCAACUUAAAAUAUAAAAUAUUGUACCUACCCUAACUACUGCAACAAAUCCUAAGUUAAAAACAGAAUUACCUAUACAUUUUAUAAUGAUACUAAAUCUCUGUUUUUGACUUAAGCUUUAUGUAUGUAAAUAAGGUAAGCUUUAAAAAGCGAAAUAUCAACUAUUUUGAUGAGUAUACCUACCUACCAUAAAUCAUUUUACUUAAGUACCUACAAUACUUUUUUUAUUAUGCUAUAUGCCCAGUUAGAGGAAGAGAUGACGAUAAAUAAUUUUAGCUGUGGGAAGAAAUUACGUUUACGGAUGUAUUCACUGUUCAUCUUAACAUAUAGUAACCAGCCAAGGGGUCUGUAUAAUAAGGAUAUUUGAUAUAAAAAGAUGUUCGUAAAACACCACACUUGUAUUUUAUCGUCACCUGUUUAACUAAAUGGCCAUUAGCACUUAACUCAAUUACCUACUGCAGCGGUUAUGAGAUUAAUUAUUAUAAGGUACCUAUACAGAUAACUAAGUACCUAACUACCCUAUUGAAUUCUAGAUUUAUUCUUUGUCAUUUUAUAAUAAAAUAUAGUUGAAAUUA